AUGGAUCAGAAAGUGUGCUUUGAAUUUCCUCAUAAACUAAUGGAAAAUUUAAACAUUGCAUAUAAUGUUUUGAGUCGUAAGAUAGCAUGUUGGAAUAAGUAUCAAAUAUUUUUGUAUGAGGAAUUAGAUUAUAAAAACCCAGAUCAUGUUUGCGAAAUUAAUUUUACAGAGUCAAGAAUUGCUCAGUUAAUAUUAUCUAGCAAUUUUCUAGUAUGCUUAGAUUACAGAGGGGCUGUAUUCAUAACACGUUUAAAAUUCAAACAUUUUGCGCACAAACGAGUGAAAGGUAGUUUUGAACAAAGAGAAAAAGAUAUUUUAGUAAUAGAUCACGACGAAGAUGUAGCCUACAGUUUGAAAAAUGAUUCCAAUGAUAUUAUUUUUUGCAUUCAUAAAAUGAACUUCGAGUUUGAAUUAUAUAAAAAGUUCAUUAUUACAUUUUCUGACCAAUUUAUCACACUAAUUAGGUACCAUAACAACAGUUAUAUAUUUCGUGCUCGAGUGUUGUCUGAAACAGAAUUUGAAUAUGUGAAAGGCAUAUUUAAAACUGAUGAAAAUGAUUGGAACCAACAAGUACUUGUAAUUGUAAGCUUUGAUGGCCUAACUUUGUAUGCCCUUCUUGUUAAUGUAAAGUCAUCUAAUUUUAUUUUAAACCCUCUAGAAUUGUUCAAAAGUCCAUCACAAAUCAGCAGUAUAAAUUUUAUUACUGAUAAUUGUUUUAAUUUAAUUGUAAGUUUGACUACUGGUACAGUUAUCAAAAUUUCCUUAAAUGAUACUUAUCAAACUCCUUACACAGUUCAUUUGAACACUGCCAUACAUAAAUUAUUAGUCAUAGAUGAUGCUUUGGUUUUUACUGAUGGUAUAACUAUGUGGAAAGCAGAAAAUGCAUUUUUAGAUUCUGAACCAGUAUUUAAACAGUUUAAUAUAAAAUAUGCGAAGGAUUUCAUAAGAAGUGGCGAUGAACUUAUUUGUACAUCAUAUUCAAAAUUAAUUUAUAUUUUACCUCUUGAACACAAUUCAAGCUACAUAGAAUCAUCAAGUACCUCUGAAUAUUGUUCAGCAGAGAAUUUACUAAAUAAUUAUGAUUAUUUAAAUAAAAUUAUGGAAGAAAUUAAAAAAAAUGAUACAAUUAUUCAGAAAUUGAAGAAAGAAGAAAAUUAUUUGGCUACUUUAGCUUUAUCUAAUAGACAUGAUGUUAUGGAUGAUAUUAUACAAUACAAUAUUACAGUAUUUGAAAGUUAUGAAGAUAUUCUAAAAGAAGAAACAACCAUUACACUUACUAAUGAUAUAAAAGAAUAUUUUGAUAUUAACAGUUUCUAUUUUCUCAUAUGUAUCAAUACUUCUACAUUACAACCUAAAUUUAAUGAUAUACUAGCAAAUUUGUUGGGACAUGUACAAAUUCACCUCAUAUUUACUUCUGAUGAACAAGUUUUAAAAACAGUAAGUGUGAAAGUGGCUGAGCAAUUCAAACACCUGAAGCUAGUAAUACCUUUGAGUUCAAAAUACAUAGGAAACGGUGUUGAAGUCAAUGUAAAACUCGUAUCUAAUAUACCUGGUGCACUCAAUGAAAAGAAAACACUGUGGACUGCUUUACAUAAGAAAAAGAUUGUUUUAGGGGUUGAACAAUUUAUCAAAAUGUAUGUGGCAAAAAAUAAUAUUAAUUUACUUAAAGAACCCAAGGAAACCAUCAAGGAUUUAAUAUGUCAGACAGCUAAAAAUCAUAAUGGAAACUUGUUUCAAAUUAAUCUUAUUGAAAAUGAGCUGAUUGGGUGGUCAUAUUAUGUUAUGUUGCCUAAUAACUAUAAAGAAUUAUUGAAAAAUAAAUUAACAUACACAAAUCAUUUUAAUGUUACGAGAGUGGACUAUUUAUUUAAAGAAAUGUCAUCGGAGAGGUUUUUAAAUUCACAUAAAAAAAUAUCUUUGAACAUAAUCAAUGAAAAGAUAGAAGUAAAUAUUCUAAAUGAUGAGUUCUCUGAGCCGUUACUGAUGGUGUCGAGUACAAAUCCUCAAAUAGCAUUUGGUGUUAGAAAUUUCUUUUCCAACUUAAUAUACAACUUUCAUAAUUAUCAAAAUAAACAUGCAAUUGUUGUUUCAUCUUCAUUUUAUGAAAUACUUGAGGUAUACAAA